UUUGCCACGACCCGCACCAUGCACUUGCUUCAGUUCGCAUUGUUUCUUAUUCUUACUCUCGUGACGGCCGCCACGCCCGACUUCGCCGUCGCCAAGGUCACGACGAUCCGCCUCCGAGCGCUGACCGACAUCGACUCCGGAAGCGCGGGCCCCGGCGCAGUGGCGGCGGUUGCCGUAGGUGUGGUCGCCGUCGUCGGUAUUGCACUAAUUGCCAAGGCCAUGCGUCAGCGACUCACGACUCCGGGCUCGCCGCAGACGCCGCCGCCCCUUGCGAUGCACAGCGACGAGUUUCUCCGAGUAAGUGCGACGACGCCCGUCCAAAAGUAGCGAUCUUCUCGAUUGGCAUUUAAUUAAUUUUACCUGAUUUUUAAUCGCGAACGACGAGUGUUGGUCUUCUCGGG